AUGUCUCUACCAAAACACAACAGUCCCUCCCCGCUCUCCUCCUCCCCUUCGAAACACUCCACCCGCCGCACCUCAGCAACCAACGACCCCCCGAUCUCCCGCCCUCAAAGCAUAAUCGACCGCCCACCAACAGCCCAACACCACCACCACGACAACCUUACCCCCAACACGCACCCAACAGACGCAAACCCAAACCAAGGCCAAACAACCACACAAACGCCCCCAAACCACCCACCAGCACCCUCAACUACCGCCGCAACCACAACCUUCCAACCCUUCUUCACCCUAAUCGAAGACGCCAACAACACAGCAGAGUACCACCACCCGACAGUGCACUACAUUUUCGCAGACGACGACACAGACAUCGUAACGGAAGCGACGUUACGGGCAUUGGAAAGCGAAUCCGAUGCGCUCGCCUACGUACCGAGGAAGGGCAAGUCGCGGUCACGAGCCUCACCGCUGCGCCGCCAGCAUCAGCCUCCACUGGACGGAGAAGAGGGCGAGCAAGGUGGACCGGGUCCUUACGACGAGGAAGAGGAUGAGUAUCGCUCUGCGCGGAAGCCGUCGCUUUUACCGGACUCGAUUCCCGGGGUGAAGGAGCAUUAUGUGAUUCUGGAUAUGGACUAUGCUGCGCCGGCGGAGUCGAAGACGACAAGAGAAAUUGCGGGGGGUGGUGGGGAGAUGCUGGUUACGGCGCCCCAGCAGCAGCAGAUGCAAAGACAAGGGCAGCAGGAACAGCAGGACCCAGCCGGGGUGGGGAACACAGGGGGUGAGAGGUUGGUAGUGACGGCGGCGCAUAGUCUGUCGCCUGCGUGGCAGGUGCUUGAUACCCAGCUGGGGCCGGCGCCGACGUUCGAGAAUAAUACCCCUAAUAAUAAUGCGUCGCAGGGGCAGUCCGUGAAUGGGGGCUUGAUGUUGAAGAUCCGCGGGACGGCCGGGUUGCCGAUGAAUAAUACUCUGCUGGGCAAGGAUCGCGAUAAGGAACGCGGGUGUCAGCGGCUGGAGGAGAUGAUGGAUCAGUUUGCGAAGAGAUUGGCGGAGCUGAGGCUGGUUAUUGAGGCUGGGGAACAGCAGCAGCAGCAGCAGCAGCAG